CCAAGAUGGAGGCGCUCAUUGGGAGCAUGUUAAAGUGUCAAUAACAUUAAACAACAACAUUUAUCCUCUCGUAGUACGAGUAUAGUUGCAGGAGGACCUUAGGGCUGGAUUGGAAUCAGGUUGUCGCAGCGCGUGGAAGCAGAAAUCUGUGGACAUGGCCCUGCUGGGAGGUUUGCUGCGAGCUGGCUCGUCCUUCUGUCACUCAGUCAGGAGCUUCUCCACAGGUACAUGUUGCCAGAUCAGGAUGCACGCCAUUCCUAAACUGAAAAUAGUGGACCGGUGGACUGAAAAGAGAAACAUGUUUGGCGUUUAUGACAACAUCGGCAUCUUGGGAGACUUCAAAGCUCAUCCCAAGGAUCUAAUUGUGGGACCCUGCUGGGUGAAAGGUUUCAGAGGUAAUGAACUGCAGCGUGUAAUCAGGAAAAAGAAGAUGGUGGGAGACAGAAUGAUGACAGAAGACAGACACAACUUGGAGAAGAGGAUCCGCUUCCUCUACAAGCGUCUGAACCGCACCGGCAAACAUCGCUAACGCUGAGCUGUCUCAGUCUGGCAGUGUAAUGUCAUGAUGCUUUUUGAUUUCAUUUUUCUAAGUUAUCAUAUCUGUGCAAGUCAAAAAAAUGUUUGAUUAAAAGUUGUGUACCUUAUUCAUUGUUAAAAGUAAAAAAAAAAAAGUGUCUAAA